AUGAAGCUUUUGAAUAUUUUUAUCGGCACCAGUUUGGCCCUGUACACGACUCCUCAACUUUCGAACCAGACUGAACAAGUUUCGAACCAGGUUCCUCAGGAGUCGAACCAGACGCCUCAAGUUUCGAAUCAAAAGCCACAGGUUUCGGAUCAGAUCCCUCAAGUUUCGAACCAAGAGCCGCAGAUUUCGAACCAAACUGAGCAAGUCUCAAACCAAGCUCCGCAAGAAUCGAACCAGCUCCCCCAGGUCUCGAACCAGACGCCACAAGUUUCGAACCAAGAGCCACAAAUCUCGAACCAAACUGAGCAGAUCUCCAACCAGGUUCCUCAGGAGUCGAACCAGGUUCCGCAAACUUCGAACCAAGUCGCCCAAGUUUCGAACCAGAAGCCCCAAGAAUCGAACCAAACUCCACAAGAUCCGAACCAGCUUCCAGAGCUUUCUGAUAAUUCUACUGUUAUUUACUGA